GUGUGUUUGUUGUUAACGCGUUGACUCCACCCAAGUUGCAAAGCAAGUUAACGUUUAUUUAAAGCGUUGUUUUAUAAAUAAGAGAUGAAGCAACGAAGUUUAGCGGGUAACUGUGGCAUUGCAGUGUUUGUCAUUGCCCUUGUGACUGUGGCAUUGGCAUUCGGUACGCCGAACUGGCUAGUAAGCGACUCUAGGAUACGAGGGGCUAAAAUGGAACGCCUUGGUCUUUGGAGUCACUGCUUCAGGUCAUUACCUGAUCCCUUGGACCAAUACCAAAGACGCUUCUUUGUCGGUUGUCGGUGGGUUUACGACCCAUUCACGACAGGAUACGACAAAAUACGUGGCUAUUUGCUUCCAGCGUUCAUGAUAGCAACCCAGUUCUUCUUCACCAUAUGCCUCAUCGGUGUUCUGAUAUCAAUGAUAUUGGUUUUAAUAUUCUUCCUCUGCUGCGGACCGGAGCAGGGCAGAUAUGAACUACUCAUCAAGAGUAUAGGAUAUAUUAUGUUAACUGCAGGAAUAAGUGGAUGUAUAGCAGUCAUUGUUUUCGCCUGUACGGGGAACACUGAUGGAUGGAUGCCGGAUCACGCGAAUAAUUAUUUAGGAUGGUCCUUCGGUUUGGGAGUAGUAGGAGCUGUUGCAUGUUUAAUAACAGGUGCAUUAUUCCUGACGGAGGCAAAUAUACAGACAAAGAAGAGAAGGAGAUUUAAGGAAUCCCAAGCACGAUUCGAGUUGGAAGAGGAGUCGAAAGCAUAGUGCCUUUAUUAUGUGAGGAGUAUUAUCUAAAUUUAACAGUUUGGUGUUUAAUAAUCCAGCUAAUUUUUCUUCUAAAAAAAGUACAUCUGUCUCUUUUUAUCACGACGUAAACACAAUUUGAUAGAAAGGGACGAAAGAGUGCUUUAGUUAACAAAAUUCAAUUUAGAUUGUUCUAGUAAUUAUCAAUGAAGUAUUUCAUAAUGUCCACCAAAACAGUAGAUUCUAUAUUAUUCGCCUUCCAAUAUCUCCAUUGGCAAAAAUAUUUAGCUAAACAAAUCAAUACAGAAUCAGCCCGCCAUCUUGCAAACAGAAAUAGGCGCGCAAAUUGAUAGAUUGACAGAUGACAGCAUUGUCUAUUAUAUAAUGUACUUUGUAUAUUAUUAUACAUAAGGGCAUAGUGUCAGAGGGUGAAUCAAUAUUGUUUAAAAAGUGUACCAUUAUUUUCUACACUAAUAUAUUAAUACCCUGAGUAACAUAGGCUAUAUUUAUUUCAAAAAUUAUGGCUGGAAGCCUCAGCCCUAGUGGCCUAUACAAUAUUUUAUAGUUCAUAAGCAUUCUUUUAUAUAAAAUAUCAGUGUCAGAAGUUGCGUAUGAUUAUUAUAUUAACAUGUUUGCUUUAAAAUAUUACUACAAGCACUAUAGAUUACUGAUAGCCCUAAGCACAAACUCAUCAAAUAUAUCAAAUAAUUUCAUCAAAAUUGGCCAGUAGUUUUUAAGAUGGAUUAACAACGUUGUGAGAUAAUUAAACUUGGUUGAUUUUUUUUGUAUAAUUUACUAGAUGCUAUUGAAACAAAGCAUUUUUUUUUGUAUCUCAGAAUGGCCACAGUCCUAAUCAAGUAAUUGUAACUGUUGUAUUAUUAUUUGAUUUAAUGCAUUCCUGAGAACGAUUAAAUUCUAAAUAUGUAACUUUUAAUGACAUUUAACUUUAUCAGAAUUAAUAAAAGCACUGAAAUGUAUUUAGACUUAAAACAGAUACUUUAAGUAGUAGGAUUUUUUAAUUAAUUUUUGCUCCGUCCAUAGAGUAAGUUUUUUUGUGUGUUAUAUCUGUGCUAUGUAUAAUAUUCUUUCACUAUAAUUUAAAUAAUAAAAGUAAACCACCUAUUUUAGCUGCAAGCCAUUGUUGUAAGUUAAUGGUAGGUAAUAUAAAUUUACCCCAUUUUUAUACAAGUGAGUCCUUUUGUUUAUCUCAACAUCUAUAUUAAUGACAGACACAAUUUUACAGUGAGAUGAAAAAGUACUUGAUUUAUACUAUGCAUCAAACUGUUAUUGUCUUUAUUAAUAUUGGGAAAAGGAUCUUAAGUAUUCCGUCCAAACUUUAAAUUAGUUAAGUGAAUUGUGCCGUCCUCGAUUUUGUAUACUAUAAGUAUUUUUUAUUAUAUUAAUCUCAAUACAAUUUGUAUAUCAAAGUUACUUAGUUAUUGCCACUAAUAUUUAAGAGCAAAUUAAUUAUAUAAGCACUAAGCAGGUACUCUGUUCCCUUUAAUGGACUGUCCUGAUAUCUUUAUGUAUACAUUUUCUAUGCGGAUAGCAAUAUCUGAAAUGAAUCAUCUCUUAGGAAAACCUAACAAUGAAGUCGGGAUCACAAUUGGAAGUAACAGAGUGCUGGUGCUGCUCUUCACAAAACAUUUACCGUUCAAUGAUAUUGUAACUAAUUUAGUUAGUUUUUAGUUAUUGUAUGAAAUUUUAAUAAAUUUAUACAGUUAA